CCAAAGCUGGUUAAACAACUGCAACGGCAGCGUCGAAAAGGCGUUGCGCCAACGCCAGCCCCCAGCCGCUAGAAACUCAAAGCCUACAGUGGAUCAGGCCCACUGUAGCCUCCACUGUUCCCCGAUCCGCCACCAAGGUCCUUUUCUGGACUGGACGACAGAGGAAAAUUUAGUUUGGCAGCCGAAAGGGUUUGACAUCACCACCACCCACGCGACACCAGCAACAAACGCACAGCUGCAGAACCAUGGCGGCGCAACAAAGAUGCCUGGCCUGUUUGGCGUCUACCGUCAACAGACCUGCUCUUUUGCAAUCCCAAACAUUGCGCUCUGCUUUGUCGCAGCGUGGGUUUUCGUCGCGGCCAAAGGGGAAAUCACACAUGGUCUUGGCCGAUAAUGUCUACAGAGCACCACGCCCAAGCGAAGACCGACAGCGCAGUCGACGAAACACUGCCGGUCCCUUUGGCGCCAUGAAUCGAACGGUUGCCAACAUUGACCCUCGACGAGCCCCGAAUCGCGCCAGAUCCGGCGACCGCAGCGACCGAAGUGACAAAAGGGGCCCUGGUCGUGAUGGUAGACGAGAUCCCGAUGAUCGCAAGGCCAUGCGAAUGCACCGCGCACUCGCCACUGUCUCUUACGGGAAACGAAAUGCUGUCAAAGACAAAAUGGCCCAGUUUGAAUCAUUUAACCAGAUGGAGAUGCUGCCCAAUCUACAAUCUACAAUCACCGAGGAGCUCUUCAAGGGCCUCGUCGACAUCAAGCCUACGCCCAUUCAGCGCCUCGCUAUUCCAGCACUCUUGGGCCAAGCAGGUGGCAAGUCAUCUCGACGAUCAAAGGAUGGGCCUGAUUCGUUUUUGCUCGCCGCUGAGACUGGCUCUGGCAAAACGCUGGCGUAUCUUCUGCCAGCCAUCAACGCCCUCAAGAUUGCGGAAGCGGCCGACCCCGAUAUCAAGGCGUACAACGAGCGAGCCCAGAUCGAGAAGGAGAUACAAAUGAACAACCCUGGUAAAAGCAAGGGUCUUGAUGAGCCUCACCCUACCAUGGCUCGCCCCAAGGUGGUUGUGUUGGUGCCUACAGCGGAACUUGCCCAACAGGUUCUCAAGACAUCCAAGACUAUCUCGCAUGUUGCAAAGUUCAAAGCCGACAUGCUAUCCUCGGAUUUGAGCCCGCAGCAAAUCCAGCGCAACAUGUACGGCAAUCGGGGUAUUGACGUCAUUAUCUCAACACCUCAUUUGCUCUCGUCCAUGGCAGACGCCGAUCCCAACAUUCUCUCUCGUGUGUCGCAUCUCAUUAUAGAUGAAGCAGAUUCUCUUUUCGACAGAAGUUUUGCACCAGUCACCAGUGGCAUUAUUGAGCGCGCAAGCCCGUCUCUGAAGCAACUGGUAUGUUGCUCGGCUACGAUCCCCAGAAAGCUCAACAAGUAUCUCGGCACCAACUACCCGGAUAUGGUUCGCAUCACAACACCCAAUCUGCACGCUAUUCCCCGUCGUGUCCAGCUUGGUGUCAUUGAUGUCUCCAAGGACCCUUACAGAAACAACAAAGAUCUGGCGUGUGCCGAUGCCCUCUAUACCAUUGGCAAGGAAAACGCAAUGCACGAGCUGGCAGAUAAAGAUGAGCUGGAUGUUCGCAGAGUCAUUGUGUUUGUCAACGAAAGACAAAAGACGGAAGACCUUGCAACUUAUCUGCAGUCCAAGGGAAUCGACGCCGUCGCCCUACACAGAGACACUCCCGAGAAACGUCACGGAGAAGUCCUGGGCACUUUUACAUCUACCGAACCGUUGCGUAUUGCCCGACCUACACCGGGCGGUCAACGUGCCCUCAAGAAUGUUAAAGUUCUUGUGGUAACGGAUUUGGCAUCGCGCGGUAUCGAUACGGUUGCCGUCCGCCAUGUCAUUCUUUACGAUGUUCCUCAUACGACGAUUGACUUCAUCCACCGCCUCGGCCGAGCCGGCCGCAUGGGACGACGUGGCCGUGGUAUCGUUUUAGUUGGCAAUGAUGAUCGCCGAGACGUCGUUGCAGACGUUAAGAGGAGUAUGUUUAUGGGACAAGCGCUUAUUUAAGCUAAACCGGCUCAAAUGGCUGCGCAUCCAUUGUAUUUUUAGCCUAUCGAGGCAACAAACUCGUGUAAGAUAUGGUGUAGGCGACCACUGCAAUCCAAGCAUGGUGGCGUCUUAGAAUAGCAGCAUUUUGCAGCAUGAGGGACAUGUAUUAUACUGUAUUAACAACACUAGGUAUUUUUCCAAAAGCAAAUAGAAAGCAAAGAUCUCUUUUCCUCCACCU